CAAACCAAACAUCUGAAUCAAAAAGCCUCUUUUUCGGUACUCUUCAUCAGAUUCAGAUUCAUAGCGAAAGCAUAAGCAAACAGCAGCCAUCUCUGUUAUCUCAACUCUCAAGGGAUUCAUUUUUUGUUUUAUUCAUGUAUAGAGCUGCAUCUUCACAUCUCACCCUUCUCAAGGGAAAUGGGAGAACCGUGGGAGACUCCAGAUUUGCUUCGCGAGGUCUGUUCAGCUGGCUUACUGGGGAAUCUUCCAGUUCUCUUCCUCCUCUGGACACCCCAUUUAGAGGGUUUCCCCCUCCAUCUUCACUGCCAGAUUAUGUUGAACCAGGAAAGACCAAGAUCACAACUCUCUCCAAUGGUCUUAAAAUAGCAUCAGAAACCUCACCAAACCCUGCUGCAUCAGUAGGGUUAUAUGUUGACUGUGGUUCCCUCUAUGAGUCGCCAUUGUCAAGCGGGGCAUCGCACCUGCUAGAGAAAAUGGCUUUCAAGAGCACGACAAACCGAAGCCACUUUCGUGUUGUAAGGGAAGUGGAAGCAGUGGGUGGUAAUGUAGGAGCCUCAGCCUCUCGGGAGCAAAUGGGCUACACUUUUGAUGCUCUGAGAACCUAUGUCCCACAAAUGAUUGAAUUGCUGGUUGACUCUGUAAGGAAUCCGGCCUUCUUGGAUUGGGAGGUCAACGAAGAGAUUCGAAAGGUUAAAGAAGAGAUAGGAGAGCAAGCAAACAAUCCACAGCGCCUACUUAUGGAGGCAGUUCACUCUGCUGGUUAUUCUGGAGCAUUGGCUAUGCCACUUUUGGCUACUGAAUCAGCACUGAACAGAUUAAAUGCCCCCAUUUUAGAGGAGUUUGUUGCCGAGAAUUAUACUGCACCUAGAAUGGUACUUGCAGCAUCUGGGGUUGAGCAUGAAGAACUUCUAUCCGUUGCUGAACCACUUCUCUCUGAUCUACCAUGUGUUCCGCGUUCUGAAGAACCAAGUUCUAAAUAUGUUGGGGGUGAUUUUCGUCGACAAGGUGAAUCAGGGGUUGCACAUGUGGCUAUUGCCUUUGAAGUGCCUGGUGGCUGGAAAAAAGAGAAAGAAGCUAUUAUUUUGACCGUUCUACAGAUGCUUAUGGGAGGAGGUGGGUCAUUCUCAGCUGGGGGACCUGGAAAGGGAAUGCACUCAAGGCUUUAUCUUCGUGUCUUGAAUGAAUACCAACAGAUUCAAUGUUUUUCUGCAUUCAACAGUCUCUUCAACAAUACAGGGUUAUUUGGCUUAUAUGCAACCACAAGUUCUGAUUUUGUGGAAAAAGCUGUGGACCUAGCAGUAAGAGAAUUAAUAGCACUCGCAUCACAAGGACAAGUUUCACAGAUACAGCUUGACCGUGCCAAGGAAUCCACGAAGUCUGCAGUACUAAUGAAUUUAGAGUCCAGAAUGAUUGCAUCAGAGGAUAUAGGAAGGCAGAUAUUGACUUACGGAGAAAGAAAGCCACUAGAGCAGUUCUUGAAGGAAGUAGAUGCAAUCACUUUGAAUGAUAUCUCUAAAUUUUCUCAGAAGAUUAUUUCAUCGCCUCUCACUAUGGCAUCCUAUGGGGAUGUUAUGAAUGUCCCAAGUUAUGAAUCCGUUAGCAGCAAGUUCCAUGCAAAAUGAAAUUGCUUUUCACCCUCACCAGUCCAAAAUAAACCCCGGAGAUUUUUUUGUGCGGAUUUGAGAUUAACCUUUUGUGUUUUGGGUUUGAGUAUUCUUACCAUGGAAAUAUAGGUGUAUGAUCUCACGACAUUUUCCUUAUUUUUCUCAGGUAAUUAAUUAUAUAAUACCCAU